AGGCGGCGGCGUCGCGGAGCCAUCGCUGUUGGCGUGAGGCAUCGGCAGCGGGCACCGGGACUGGCACCGGGCAGCAGCAUCGGCCCGCGGCUGCACUAUGACUCUGGAGGAGCUGCCCGGGGAUCACCGCACCGCCGGGAGGAUGGAGCAGGCGGGGGACGCGCUUGAGGAGGUGCUGAGCAAAGCGCUGAGCCAGCGGAGCCUCACCCUCGGUGUCUACGAGGCUGCCAAGCUGCUCAACGUGGACCCGGAUAACGUGGUGCUGUGCUUGCUGGCGGCUGACGAGGAGGAGGCGGGGGACGCGGCUCUGCAGAUCCACUUUACCUUAAUCCAGGCUUUUUGUUGUGAAAACGACAUCAACAUCCUCCGCGUCAGCAACCCAGCGCGGCUGGCCCAGCUCCUGCUACCUGCCACCGGCACCGAGCCGCCCACCGACCUCCACUGCGUCCUGGUCACGAACCCCCACUCAUCGCAGUGGAAGGAUCCAGCCCUGAGUCAGCUGAUGUGUUUCUGUCGGGAGAGUCGCUACAUGGACCAGUGGGUGCCGGUGAUUAACCUCCCCGAGCGGUGACCUCCACACUCCCCCAGCUCCACUCAAGUUUUUUUUUUUUGGCAAUACUUUUAUAGCAAGUUGCUCAGGAAUUAACUCCCUGUUUUCCCCCCCCUUCUCCCUUGCGUGGGAAUUGGGGGUGGGGAGAAAACGAAACACAAAACCCUAUGGAAAAAAAAAAGAAUCUUAAGCUAAAGAUGAUGUUGAAAGGGGGGAGGCUGAAGUUGAGCUACCUGUUGUGUGGGACUGCAGAGAAGCAACCUGGAGAGGAGAUGGAGAUGAGCGUGGAUGUGGAAGGAGGAUGAGGAAGAGCAGUGAUGCCAGAGGAAGGAGCCCUGCCCCAGCGUUGGGAGGGUUACAAAUUCCCCAACGCAGCGGAGGUGGGGGGAGGGAGGGAAGGUUUGGUUUUAAAGUGCAACUUAAAAGUUCCUGGUUUGAAGACCUUAAAAGAAAGCAAAAAAAAAAAAAAAAAAAAAAAAAAACCCAAAAGCCCAAAGCAAACGAAAAAAGGUUAAUCAGAAAACAUUUUACAAGUGAUUUUAUUGUAUUUUUGGGAUGUUGAUUCUCAAGUUUUUAUGCUGAGAUUAUUAUAAUAAGUUAUUUUAUGAUGGAAAAAAAAAAUUAUUUAUACUCCGAAGAUGCCCUUAAGCAGUUGGUUUACAACCACCUGUCUUUACCAGCUGGCUGUCCCAAGCAGCUACCUUAAAUAAUUGUUUGCAAUUAGAUAGGAUUUUUUGGAGGGGAGGGGUGGGGGGGUGGGGGGGGUGUUGGUGUUUCAGGUUUUUUGGCUUUGUUUUUAUUUUGGAAAUAAAAAUGUUUUAAACUCCAACCUUUGGGUUCUGUUCUUGGUUGGUUGUUUUUUGUGUUUUGGGUUGUUUUGUUGUUGUUGUUGCUGAUGAUGGGUUUUUUUUUUUAAUUAGUGUAAAGUUAAAAGUGCUCCUUUGGCAGCUGCUUCCUUGUACUGGCCACGGGCAAGGUCCUGUUGUGCUGGUCCUGGGUGG